GAAUAAAUUAAUUAUUACCAAGGUAUCGUUAAAGGCAACAUUGGAGGGGAAUAGUGACUAAGUAUUAUCAUAGGUAAACGUUUGGAAGGUUUCUAAUUACUAUUGUGGUUUUACUCGAAAGUGUUCUACUGUUUCUGUUGUAAAAAAUGGGCGACUCUAAUCUUGGAACAGAAGGACGAAUUGUUAAGAUGGAAGUAGACUAUAGUGCAACUUGUGAUGAGAAAAUUCCUGAUUGUAAAAAAAUGGCUGCAGAAGGAAAAUUGCAUGAUGCUUUAGACAUUUUGCUGGCUCUUGAAAAACAAACUAGAACUGGAGCAGAUAUGGUUUCUACUGGUAGGGUUUUGGUCGCGAUUGUUCAAAUUUGUUUUGAAGCUAAGAAUUGGAUGGCCUUGAAUGAACAUAUAGUUCUUUUGUCUAAGAGACGUUCUCAAUUAAAACAAGCUGUAGCCAAUAUGGUUCAGGAGUGUUGUGAUUAUGUUGAUAAAUUGCCCACCAAGGAUUCACAAUUGAAGCUCAUUGAUACCUUGAGAAAUGUAACUGAAGGAAAGAUAUAUGUUGAGGUUGAGAGAGCACGAUUAACUCAUAAAUUAGCGAAAAUGAAGGAAUUAGAAGGUGAUAUCACUGGAGCUGCUAAUAUAAUGCAAGAGCUUCAAGUUGAAACUUAUGGUUCAAUGAAUAAACGUGAAAAGGUGGAACUCAUAUUGGAACAAAUGAGGUUAUGUUUAGCUAUUAAGGAUUAUAUCAGAACUCAAAUUAUUGCAAAGAAAAUAAAUCCAAAAUUUUUUGAAGAAUCGGAUACCCAAGAUUUAAAAUUAAAAUUUUAUAAGCUCAUGAUUGAAUUGGAUGAACAUGAAGGUUUAUAUCUUUCUACAUGCAAACAUUACAGAGCUAUACUUAGCACACCUUCCGUCCAAGAUGACAAAAAAGCAUGCCAGGAAUAUCUACAGAAUGUUGUAUUAUAUCUAAUUUUGGCUCCCUAUGAUAAUGAACAGGCUGAUCUAACUCACCGUGUUCUUGCUGAUACUCUUUUAGAUUUACUCCCACUUUACAAAGAGUUGUUGCGAUUAUUUAUCAACCCGGAGCUUAUAAAAUGGUCUGGUCUUUGUGAUGUCUAUGAAAAUGUUUUGAAAAGAGGUAAUCCAGAGCUGCCUCCUACAUCUGUAUUUACUCCAGGAAAUGCUGAUGGUGAAAAAAGAUGGCGUCAUUUAAGAACCAGAGUUGUUGAGCAUAACAUACGGGUGAUGGCCAAGUACUAUACACGGAUAACUUUGAAGAGAAUGGCAGAACUUCUUGAUAUGUCCGUAGAGGAAACAGAGGAUACCUUGAGUGAGAUGGUUGUGAACAAGAGUGUUACAGCCAAGACUGACAGACCAGCUGGUGUUAUUAAUUUUACCAGUCCUCAACAACCCAAUGAAGUUCUUAAUGAUUGGUCUCACAACCUCACUGAUCUCAUGCGACUUCUCAACCACACCACUCAUCUUAUCAAUAAGGAGCAUAUGGUUCAUAAACAUCUCCUUCCAGCUCCCUCCAACUAACAAUAAUAGCUUUAUCAGUUAAAUUUAUUCUAUUUUUUUUUUGUAUAUAAAUUUAUAUUGAAUGAAACAAUAAUUAAAAUUAAUACAUUGAUGUUUUGUAUUUAUAUUUUAAUGUUUUUUAGUUAAUAUUUCCAAUGUCUCCUUAAUGAAGGCUUAUAUAUAUUGUUUUUUUCACCUGGUGGUUUAAGAUACAUUGUCUAAAUUAAAUAUACAUUUUUUUAAGAAAAUUACUCUCAAAAUUAACUGUCAGGGUAUUUACAAGUAUAAACAAGAGAUAAUCUAAUUUAUAAAAAAAAUUUAUUGCUGGCACAUUGAUUUAUUUUUCUGUCAUUUAAUUGAUGGAACAUUGAUAUAAAUUUAUCCUGGUAUAAAAUCUUUUCAUAUCACACCAUAAACAUUCAUAUCAGAAGGGUUUCAGAUUCUCAAAAGGAUAUUGUAGAAACUUAAACCAACUCCAGCUAAGGCCAGUCCUACUGUUGUGAGGUACACAAGCUUAUCUGCUGUUGACCUCAACCAUAUUGGGCAUGCUUCAUCCUUCUAGAAUGUAUAAUAUAUAUCAAUAACAACUUUACAUUAUAAAAUAAAAAACAGUAAAAUUAAUCAUAAUUAGUAAUCAUUAAAUAAACAAUCUUUGCUGUUUACCUCUGCCUGUCUUGUGGCUCUCCUAUUUUUUACUAACUCCAGUCUCUUGCCUCAACAUUUAGCUGGGCAAAGAGCACUUCCUUUGUGUCCUUGUUGUUGACUUCUGUGUAGACACUGCUACCUUACCAAUGUAUUUCCAAAGAUCAAAAUUUGUUUUGAUGCAUUUGAACCUAAUAGGCAACAAAGAGAGCAGUAUCUACACAAUUUUUGGGAUUGAAGUGAUGGAUAGAAUCCAUCUAAACAAACACACAGCUUUAGAAAAUAAUUUGAACUACGAGAAGUGAGAAUUUGACCAAAUUCUAAUUAUUUUGUGGGAUAUCUAAUAGAAGAAUAUUGAUAAAAAAAAUGGGUGCAUCACACAACUUUCAUUUAUCAUUUUUCUUUUAACAGAAAUAUAUUUUUUCAAACUAAGGGAAGUGAAAUCACAUACAGUACAAAAUAUUAUUUGAAAUCAUUAAUUAUUGUAUGUGUUUUACAGCCGUUUUAUAUUUGUAAUGUUUUUGUCACUACGUCCUUUAAGACUGUAUUCCAAUUAUAAUAAAUAAUUAAGUGCCAUGAAAUAUUUUUAGUCUGACAAAAGUGCCACUGAUAAAGAAGGCCACUCACUAUAUUCAUUUGUAUUUCAUUGUGGCUAUUUUUAUUUGUUUAAGGCAUAUUUACAAAUUUUAUGUUUUAUAUUGCUGAAAUUUGUGCAAUUAAAUAUUGAAUAAUACUAACGCAUGAAUAUAUCAAGUAUUUCAUAAAUAUCCUAUAUCAAGAAUUUAUGAAAAUGGACCUCCAGUUAUAUUAAGCACCCAGUACUUAUGGAAGCCUUUUGUUUAUUAUGGAUGUCUUUCAUAGUGUGAAGGGGAUGAUAGGUUUACUGGUCAACAUGUGCAGGUUAUGAUGUAUGCAUUGCAGCAAUACAGGCACCUGGGUAUUUCAUGUUGUCAAUGGGAGGCUCCUCUUCAGCACUGGUCUAUUUUAUUUCCCAGAAAUUAACUAAUUUACCAAAUGCCCUGUUUUUAGGCAAUGUUUUAUUUCCGUAUGAAGUUCAAAGGUGUGCUGAUCUUAGGCUUCAAAGUUAAUAAUACUGAGGCCUCACUAUCAGUUGAAAAAGUUUGGCAGUCUCUGAGGAAAAAGGCCUUUGAUGAAUCUAGUAAAUGUAAGUGACAGGGAAUUGGUGUGCCCAUUAUAAAUCCAACUCUUAAUAAAUAAAUUGAUUUACGAUAGAAAAGUCCUCCCAGGCUAAGAAUGGACUAAUACUGGGACAGAGAGGGGGGAAGGGUGGUUGCCCAGCGUGCUAACGCAUGUGCACUGCUGGGCCGGCGGUUGCUUUUAACUUUGACUUCAAUCCGCUGCCCUCACCCAGAGAUGUGCAAAUGCUAAUCGGAAUAUGGAGUACUAAGUAUUUUACUCAAAUCGAAUCGCUAUGGGGAAUCCAAUCACUACUUCAGUUAAUCCUUUGGUAUUCUGUACUCAGUGUAGCAUUUGCCCAUCUCUGGCCCGGGAAAAUCCUGGUCCCUAAAAGGAUAGGAUGAAAAAGAAAAAAAACCUUUGACAUUGAACAUCAACCAAACUCCCAGACCAAUGGAGAUAUUAUACACACUCUGCUGCAAGCGUGGCUGAGUCAGAAACCCUAGCUCAUCUAUUGGGCAAAUGUACGAAUAAUAUGCUGGCACAAUGAUAUAAAGAAACAGCUAUCCAAACUCCUAUAAAUGGACAGCUUUAGAUGUUUCUUUUAAGUUUAUUGUCUAGGUGCAGAAUGCUCUGCGAAUUUCAGGCAACAGAAAAUGCGGAACUUUUAGUGGGUCUUACGAUCAGGUUUGAAACGAAUAAAGUUCUAAACUUUAAGGUGCAGGCAGAAAAAGAGAACAUUUAUAAGAAAUACGCUACUUAAAAGAAGAACAUAGCGAUGAAUUGUGAUAGAAAACUUCUCAAUUAAAGGGCUUUUAUUACUAAUUAGGGAACCUUCCCUUUUACUACAGGUGAUUUCUUGCAUAAUCUCAAGGUUGGAAGGGAGCAGAUAGAGACAUAAGCAGAACACAACUACUACAACAUUCAGCUAUUACUAAAUAAGUUAGUUCUUGAAAAUUCAUCUAAGUUCUUAAUUAUUUGAUGUUAUGAAUAUUUGCACUAAACUUGACUACAAGAUUUUUUAUAUUGAAAGUAUUUCAACAUUUAAACAAGAAAUCUGGUGAAGGUCCAAAGUUCUUUCUAUACCAAUUUUAUUUUUGUUAUUCAGAAUUUAGUCAUUGUUUGGGCAACAUGUCCUUUUGGAGCUAUAUUAUUUAAUCUGUGAAAUAAAAGUUAAAUCACUACGAGGUUGAUUGAUUGCUAAAGUGUCGAAAUAUAUCUGUGAAAAAAGAUUGCCACAAAUCUGGCCGUUCUGAAGCCUGGAUGCGCGAUGUUCCAGGUUUAUGGAGUUUAUACUAUUAUGGAAGUUAUUUGUGUUUACCUGGAAUCGAGAUUGGAUCUGUUUAAUCUUAUCAGUGCAAGUGCCAGUAUCACCAGUACAAGGUUCCACACAGACUUUCUCCGGCCCUCCAGCGGCCAUUCUUGUUAUGAUUUUGAAAUUCUGAAGAGUAUUGGCUUUAAAAAUCGUGCU